AGCCCAGCAACUGCGCAACUCCCCCCAGAUUGACGCGACCCACCAACCCGAUAGCUGUCGCAAACAACCCUCUUGACUAGAUUUCAUUAAUGGGCAUCCCCAUGGACGAUAAUAUCCACGCUCCUACAGUGUCCUCCGGGCCUUCGUCCGGAGGAGCUCCUCGCGAUCUGGCUAAGCUUUCGAUGACCGACUUGAUGCAGGAAAAGGAAGGCAUCGAGGAAGAGCUAUCAACGCUCAGCAGUGUCCUCAGCUCCCAUGGCGUGAACAUGAACACCACUCUCACAACCUUCGACGGAUACCCACGAGACGACAUCGACAUCGCCCAAAUCCGUACGAUUCGAACCAAAAUCAUCCGACUUCGCAACGAUCACAAAGAUGCCAUGACCCAUCUCGAGAGGAAGGUUCACGAACAAUUUACGAAUUUGCAGCGCGCGCAGGGCUCUACGACUUCCGAUAAUGCCAACGGCACCAACGGAACGCGGUCGGACUCGAAUGAUACUUCUCUGUCAAAUGCAGGGGCACUGGGACCGGCGUUUGCAAGAGUGAACAGCGUCGUGCCUGCAAGCCCCGCAGAUCAGGCCGGGCUAAAGGCAGGCGAUACUGUUCGCAGCUUUGGGACUGUGAACUGGAUCAACCAUGAACGUCUGACCAAAGUUGCAGAAAUCGUUCAACAAAACGAAGGCCGAGCCGUCCCCGUGAAGGUUGUCAGGAAAGAUGAGUUGGGCAGCAGUGCGGAUUUGACCCUGGAGCUUACACCACGCCGUGACUGGGGUGGUAGAGGUCUAUUGGGCUGUCAUCUGGUCCCUCUGUAAACGGGAUCAGAAGGAAAUUGGUCGGUGAUGCAAUAGGUUAAAUUAGCGUGUUCAUUGUUUUUUCUUUUUCUCUUUUACUUUUUUUCAACCUCGGGUGAGGGAUGAGAUAUGGCGACAUGCUUUGAUGAUGCCUUAUGACUAGUAUUUGGUGCCGGAACAGACAUAAUAAUGCAGAGGAGAGGCAUUCACCCCUUGAGCAGCAGU